AUGAGCAGCAGCCUGGAGCCACCCUUACCAAUGGCCGGCCGGAAAGACAAUAGGAGGCGGGGCGAGACGACGGGAACAAUGCCGCCGCCCUCACCCUUGUCCUGCCUCCCUCACCGCCACUCCCCUUCACCUGCCGCACCCCACACCUGCCCGACACCUGCUAUCUCACCCUGUGCUGGAUUACCUUUGUUGGGUUACCUGUGGGGGGGCUUACCUAUUUGGGGUUACCUGUGUGGGGGGUUACCUGUGUUGGGUUACCUGCGCGGGGACAAAGGUGUGGAGAGUAGUAGUAGUAGUAGUAGCAGCAGCAGCAGCAGCAGCAGCAGCAGCAGCAGCAGCAGCAGCAGCAGCAGCAGCAGCAGCAGCAGCAGCAGCAGCAGCAGCAGCAGCAGCACCAGCAGCACCAGCAGCAGCAGCAGCAGCAGCAGCAGCAGCAGCAGCAGCAGCAGCAGCAGCAGCAGCAGUAGCAGUGACAGCAGCAGCAGCAGCAGUAGUAGUAGUAGUAGUAGUAGUAGUAGUAGUAGUAGUAGUAGUAGUAGCGCUACAGAGAGAGAGAGAGAGAGAGAGAGAGAGAGAGAGAAGGAAUGUAUUAAGGAAAAUAACAAAAAAAAAAGCAGCAGCAGCAGUAGUAGCAGUAGUAGCAGUAGUAGUAGUAGUAGUAGUAGUAGCAGCAGCAGUAGUAGCAGCAGCAGCAGCAGUAGCAGCAGCAGCAGUAGCAGCAGCAGCAGCAGUAGCAGCAGCAGCAGCAGCAGCAGCAGCAGUAGUAGCAGCAGUAGCAGCAGCAGCAGCAGCAGCAGCAGUAGCAGCAGCAGCAGCAGCAGCAGCAGCAGCAGCAGCAGCAGCAGCAGCAGUAGCAGCAGCAGCAGCAGCAGCAGCAGCAGCAGCAGCAGCAGCAGCAGCAGCAGCAGCAGCAGCAGCAGCAGCAGCAGCAGCAGCAGCAGCAGCAGCAGCAGCAGCAGCAGCAGCAGCAGCAGCAGCUGUCUGGUGCACGAUGCGCAGCAAUCCCUCGUUCAUGGCGAGUUGUUCAGCCCGGUGCCAUCACAAUCAAGGGACCCGUACACACCCUCCACCAGACUCUAUGGAAGGAACACUUAUCUCCCCAUCAGGACACCCCCAUCAGGCACCAUCUGGUGA